UGCACUGGCGCUCAUCACUGCUAAUCUCCGGCCGCUGCUUGUCAUCAACGACGCUGCCACUGCUGCCGCUGCUGACAGUUACCACCGACCAGCUUUAGAAAUAUAGAUUGGGAUGAACAGUUGCUGAGAUACGGCGAGGAAACCCGAGGGCAACACCGCAGGGACCGAGCGGAGAUUAAACGUUAGUGACGCCGUUUAACAUUUACUCCGGAGUUGCAAUGGUCCAGUUGAGGGAUAUUUUCCUCGCCUUGUGUCUCGUGGGCUGUACAGUGUCACUGGAAGUGCAGAUCACACCAAGUCAUGGUGAGAUUAGUCUUGGAGAGUCCAAAUUCUUCAUGUGUGAAGUUGUGGGCGUUGCCAGGCACAUAGACUGGUUCGGACCAAGUGGGGACAGGAUAGAACCGAACAGACCAGACAUAACAGUAACCCGUAACGAUGAGUCAUCCUCCACCCUCACACUUUAUAAAGCUGGGACUGAAAAUGCAGGGACAUACAAGUGUGUCGCUACUAAUGGAGACCAGCAAGGGGAGUCAACCGUCAAAGUGAAAAUCUUUCAAAAAAUCACCUUCACAAAUGCACCCUCGCCCCAGGAGUUUACAGAGGGAGACAAUGCUGACAUUAUUUGUGACGUCGUCAGUUCCCCCCCACCUACUGUCCUCUGGAAAUAUAAAGGAGCAAGAAUACAGAUGGAAAAAGAUGUUCGCUUUAAGGUACUGAGCAACAAUCACCUUCAAAUCCGUGGCAUAAAGAAGACAGAUGAGGGCUCGUAUACCUGCGAGGGUCGCCUCAUGGCCCGCGGCGAGAUUGAUCUGCGGGUCAUCAAGGUCGUUGUGAACGUGCUCCCGACCAUCAGGGUAUGGCAGUCAGAAGUGAAUGCCACAGCAGAUGUCGGGCAGCCUGCCAUGUUGACUUGUGCUGUGGAUGGCUAUCCUGAACCCAUGGUGACAUGGACAAGGAACGAAGUGGUUCUCGAGGCAGGAGAGAAGUACAGCUUUAAUGACGAUGGCUCUGAAAUGACAUUAAUGGAUGUUACCAAACUGGAUGAGGGCGACUACACCUGCAUUGCCAGGAACAAGGCUGGGGAGAGUGAGCAGGAGCUCAGUCUGAGAGUGUUUGUCAAACCUAAGAUCACGUACAUCGUAAACCAGAGCAUUUCCGAGAUGGAGGAGCAGGUAACGCUGACUUGUGAGGCGUCAGGAGAUCCAACGCCCACCAUCAGCUGGAGCGCCGGUGAGCGCGUCUUCACCGAAGGAGAGCAGGCAUCGUGGACUCGGCCAGAACAACACAAGAGUCUGGAUGGAAAUGUAGUGGUGAGGAGUGAUGCUCGUGUGUCCUCCCUCACUCUGAAGUAUGUCAAGUAUACAGACGCGGGUCAGUACCUCUGCACGGCACGCAGCGCCAUUGGAGAGGAUGAUAAGCUGGCAUAUCUGGAGGUCCGCUAUGCCCCUAAGAUCCACGGUGCAGUGGCAGUGUACACAUGGGAGGGAAAUGCUGUUAAUAUCAGCUGUGAGGUCAUGGCUCAUCCCAGUGAUGUAUCUAUUAUAUGGCUGAGAGAUGGACUGCAGCUCCCCAACUCAAACACUACCAACAUCAAGAUCUUCCGGAGUCCAUCAGCCAGCUACCUGCAGAUAACCCCCGAGUCUGAAAAUGACUUUGGGAGCUAUAACUGCACUGCUUCAAAUGAGAUGGGCACCGAGGCCAAGGAGUUCCUGCUCAUUCCGGCCGAGGUGCCAUCAGCUCCAUCCAUCAGUGAGGUGAGACCCUUCUCCACCACGGCACAGAUUCAGUUCGAGGAGCCAGAAUCCACCGGAGGUGUUCCUGUCUUGAAAUACAGAGCAGAGUGGAGGGCUCAGGGCAGGGGCGGCUGGGUGCACCGAGUCUAUGACGUCCAAGAUGGCUACACCAGCGAGGCGACCAUCACAGGCCUGAAGCCAGAUACCAGCUACGAAGUGAAGUUGUCAGCCAUCAACGGCAAGGGUGAAGGUGAAAGCAGCCCCGCUGAGUUCUUCAAGACGGAGCCUGUCCGGAAUCCGAAUCCUCCUAAACUCCAAGGGGCUCUUCAACCCAAAGGCAACUCCCUCAAAGUCAGCUGGAUCAAGCAGGACGAUGGUGGCUCGCCCAUUUUACAUUAUCUUGUCCGCUUCAAACCAGUACAGGUGUCUGAGUGGAAACCAGAAAUCCGGCUGCCCAGCGUCAGCGAGUAUGUGAUUCUCAGUGGUUUGGAUUGGGACACCGAGUACAAUGUUAAUGUGGUGGCAGAGAAUCAGAAGGGCAAGUCAGAGCCAGCUACCAUGUCCUUCAGGACGGCCACAGAGCCAGAGGCCAUCCCAGUUGAAUCUCAGGGCUGUUCAUCUGUGACAUGCACUUUGGCAUCACUCAUCUUGUCCCUCAUCACUGUACUCCUGCUCUCAUAGUUUUCGUGGGGAAUUCACACCAUAACUGUAGAGGAGAACUCGCCUUUCUCUGGUCUGGCUGUCUAUCUGGACACUUUCACUCCUUAAAACAGACUUUGUCCAUGACAGACGUGUCUGUUAUGGGUGAGAAAAGGGUGCUGUGUUGCUUCAGAACAGACCAGGCAGACAUGCUGAACCAAAGGCAGUGGAAAUCCUCCGCCUCCCACAGAUUCACUUUGCUCAGCAUUAGAACUGCUAGUCAUCAGCGCUAGACAACAGAGAGGACUGCCCGUUUACAGUAACGAACAAUAGUGGAAAAUUGAAAUGAGGUUGUAUUAUAAUAGAAUAGCACUUAGAACAGAAUGAAGGCUGAGUGUUUACAUAAACACUGUAUUAUAUUCUAUAAUCGCUCACAAAAUUAUACAGAUGUACUGUAAAGGUUUGUAAUAUUAAUGUUUACAUUGUUGAAAACAGAAACACCUAACGGAAAAUGUUUUUAAUAAUAAUGAUAUUGGAAGAGUUUCACAAGCUGUAUACAGAAUUAUCACAAGAGAAGUGUUAUUUCUGUGCUGUUUACUAAGACACACAUCCAGGGACCAGAUGCAUAAGACUCUGCGUACAUCCAUGACUAAAACAGUGUGUUAGCACAAAGACAGAAAUGUGCAUACGCAUUCUACUCGUCAGACUUUUGAAUCCACAGUAUGCCAUAAGUGGAUGUCGAAAUGACGUUCACCAGCCAUUUACAUAUUGAUACUUUUAUCCCUCCACCACUCGUUAGAUCUGUCAAUGACAAAUAUGGCAAAGACAGCGCAGUACUGCCGACUGUGUCGCAUCUGUGAGGUUCUCCAACGGUGCCAGAACAGCUGUCAUUAAUCAUGGCUGUGGCUAUUUGUAGCAUCUGCGCCAGUAAUUCCUCAUGUUUCUGCAAACCAUCAUCAAAUCUUAAUCAUUAUUAUUAUUAAACGUCUGAAGGAUGAUCAACGAUCCAUUAGCGUUCAUGUUGAAACAGACUUUACAAAGUGCUUCACAAUUCAGGAUAAAAUUAACUGUCAUUUACAGAGAGAUGACAGCUCAAAUAUAAAUAAAAAGAAUGAUAAAAACAGUCGCUCAUAAAUAAUUUAAAGGUUCAGUGUGUAGGAUUUAAAGGGAUAUACUGGCAGAAAUGGAAUAUAAUAAGUAUGGUUUCGUAGGUGCGAACCAGCACUGGGAAUCUUUGCGCACGGCAACACUAAAAAAACGAUGCCACGAUGGAUAUGUGUGUGGAAUCGGGUGGAAUCAGUGAUAAAAUUGUAUGCAGAUUCGAAACCAGCAGCACUCUCGGAUGAACAGUGGCAUUAAGUGCCUGUAAAUCUUGGACAAAACACCACUUUGUUGGCUGACCUGUAUCACAAAGUUUCUUUACUGGAAAAAUGGGUGUGUGUACAAGAGAGUCAUCACAAGGAAUGAUGACUCCAGCCUGCAGCAGUGAAUCAAACAUUGGCUUGAUACCCUCCAAUGUUUGACAUUUCAACAGGUUUUGCUUCAUGCACGGCCGGAAAUGAGAUUUUGGGUGAAUAACCAGAGGUGUCACACUUUUCAUCAGGCCAGCAUCAUACUUAUGAGUGGACCAUAAUUCAGACGGCACUUGGGAUAAAUCAGCCAUGUCGACAGCUGCUGGUUGUUUCAUCAUGACGUGUGAUGUUUGUGUGUUAGGAAUGAGUUCAGCUGUUCUCUUAACUAACGCAGUAGAUAUAGAUACUGUUUUAUAUGCAUCACCCCUUUGGCUGUACAGUGUUCUGGGAUCCCAAUCGCGGGACUGAAGUCAAUCAGCUGCAUCUGAGUGCGGACCCGCCUUUCCAUAUCGUUCCAUUGCCAUUCAAUAGGCUUGGCCAGCGACACGUGGACACGGACCUUCAUACAGCUUGCUCUGAGCCUGGGACAGAGAUACAGAAACAGCAGCAGCCUCCUUUGUCCAGAAAACAUGUUGUAAAAACAGUCCUUCUACUUCCUGAUUCUCUUUACACCUUAUUGAAUGGGACAGUGUUCAGAUAGCAAGGUGUCAUCGAGUGUGCAUGAUAAGGGUGUGGUGUAGGGUUCCAUCAUAGGAACACCCCCGGCACCAAUCGUUUUAAAAUAUCUGUCACUCUCUUUAGGCAUUUUGGGUAAUGCUAAUGCUUUUAGGACAGAUAACAAAGCUCCUGAAUCAACUAAAAAUAAAAUAUAAUUUCCUGCUACACAUAACAUUAGCUCCGGUAAUUUGUGUGUGUGUCACAGGUUGGUCCAUCACUAGGGUCCAUCCAGCCGCCUUCCGCUCUCCAUCUGACACAGGAUGUGCAUUUUUCUCGUCAUUUUUGUUAUUUGGAGAGUCUUUGCACUAGUGUUCUAUCAGUCCAAAGUUGUGGCAAACAUACAGAUCACAGGGCUUCUCUUGACCACCAGGAGAACCUUUGCCACCUCCUUGGCCUCGACCUCUACCCCAGCCACCUCUACGCCCAGUCAAUGCUUGAUACAUAGUCCCUGACACAUGGGCCAUGGCUUCUAUGAUGUCAGAACAUGGUCUGAAUACACUGGGCCUGCUUGACCUGGUGCUUCCAUCAUAAACAUUUCCACGACUGGGUUACGGGAGUAGGAACCAAAAAGUUGCAUGUUCUGAAGUUCUUUCUCUUUUAGUCUGUCUGAUUCUCGUAGAGGUUCUGUCUUUGGCGGCUGCUCAGGUUUGUUUUCGGUCUGGCAUCAGGCAGUGAUUGUGGUGCUAUAGGUGAGGUUCUAUCAGCAGUCAAGUGUUUUGUCUGCGCUGCUACUCCUUCAUGAUCGGGGACUAGACUGGAGCAUAUGGAGGAGGAGGAGCGGAGUCCAGAUGGGGUCCAGCUGGAACGGGUUUCGUGAUUUGCGUACCUGUCAAAGACGGAUACAAUGUGUUCGAUUGUUCUUAUGAAUUAUCAGUUUGGUUUUUAUGCUCUCUCUCUUUAGCUUUAUUUUCUGACCUUAAUCUUUUUCUUUCUCUUAAUUCUGCUGCUCCUCUCCACGCAGUGUACGCCUUCCAAUUUGCCUUGAAUGGCUUAAUUUUUUCCAUGCUGUUUUCUGGACCUGGCUGCUCGCUCCUCUGCGUCUGCCUUUUCCUUCGCCUCCAAACAUGUCCUGAGCUGGUCCAAUCGAUGUAGGCUAAAGCUUUCUGAUGGUGGGAAGCCCAUUUCAACCCAUUUAUCAGACUGCGCCAUAGAGACUUUGGACCCAUCUCUGAUUAAUUUGUCCCAUGUAUAUGCAGAAUAUACUGGUCCACAACUCUGUAAACUCUAAAAACUAAGAUUUAUUUAUUCACUUCUCACCAUGUAAGUUCUUUAUCCCUGAUAUUGCAGGAUUGGAGCGUUGACCAGGGCUCAGCCUUUUACCCACAGGGAGGAAUCUAUCUAUGUAGAUCGUCCUCUGUUUCCAGCGGAGUCCUGAUCAGUCGUCCAAUCCCUGACGAGCCCCCAGGUUGUGGUGGCAGAAGGGAACAAAUAAACAGUGAAACGAUCAAGUUGUCUUUCAUGAAAAAUAAAAUGAUAGAACAGAAUAAUAAGAGUUAUACCAGAGUCAAUCUUAUUUCAGCUGAAAGGUCAGAGCUCCGACACCUGGAGUGUCCUCCCCAGGUCUGACAAUGAAUCACAGAUGAAGUCUUUUUAUCUUAUUUCAACGUAAAAGAGCGGGGAGGCAAACGGGUGGCCUCCGCUCUGCUGAUACCCAUCAUGGGAACAGCUGCGAAGCAAGUUUCUCACUCACAAAUUAAAUCUCUUCAAGGACACAGUUCACUUUAGGUAUAAUGAAGGCUUAGACACAGAAAGGAAGGAGAAUAUUACAUGUCUAUAUAUGGCAAUGACUGAUUUUGUUCCUACACUAAGGAGUUCACGCUUGGCACAUUAGAGAAGUUUCAGCUGGUAGCAAUCAUCCUACACACUGCUCCUUUAAAAUGAACUUAAUAAAUGCGCCUUUGAUUGACAUUUCACAGAAUGCUGUGCCGCCUGCAAAAAUAAAGACACAAUCAGUGAAACUGGCAAACAACCUUAAAACAAUAAUACCUGUCUGUCAACUUAAAUUCAGCCUUCUCCUUAUCAUAUCACCUGCAGCUAUCUCAGCUCAACGCGUGCUUACACCUGGUCUCAGGAAUGUGUGAGCUGCGCACAUUCUCACUGCACAUUCUUCGUUUAUACAUACCGAUUUAUGCGUGGCAAAGGGAGGAUGCAGAGUUUUGGUGCUUACGCAUUGUUUAUACAUCUGGCCGCUGGUGUUUUUCAUGCAUGUAAUGUGUAUCAAAUAUUCAAAAUUACCUGUUUUUAUACAUUUCUAUUGAAGAGUACUCAGCUGCAUUUUAUUCUCUAUCAGAUUUUGAUUAAUUAUUGGUAUCUAAAGAGUAAAAUUUAUCUAGAAACACUGAGGUUAUUUUAGAGUUCACUCUACACAAACUGUGAAGCUACAUCAAAGCCUUUUGUGCUGUUUUCGAAAGUCUCACGUUCAUUUUGGUCCAUAAAAUAUCCUGCAUUUCUGGGUAACUAGCAACGCAGUGUAUGCUUUGGUUUGCUCUUCUUUCUAAUACCAAAUAAAUGGGUUGAAUAUAAUAUGCAUUUUUUUAUGUGUUUUUAACAAUAGCCGUUUGCAUAAUAAACUCAACACUCCACAAGUUACAUCAAUAAUUUAACACAAGUCAGACAGCGCAGUCUACACAGACAUCAAACUGCAUCUAAAUUCAUGCCGAGACAUCUAGAACGUAUCAGUGCUCAUAGCAGGUGAGUUGUUUCUGUUUUAUGGAACUAUUUGUGGUUAAAGUAGCAUAGCUGCACUUUAUUCAGUUGUUCCUGGCUGUUUCAAUGAAACUGUGUCACGCUACGGUUGUUCAGCA